AUGGGCCACCGGGGGCCAUGGCUGCACACUCCUCUCCUCUGGGCUGCCGUGGCCAGCCUGCUCCUCCCCACCUCCGUGACCCAGCAGCUGAGAGGGGCUGGGCUGGGCCUCAGCAACUGGAACAACAAUGCCGGAGCUGCUGGGCCCUCAGGGGACGUGUCAGCAGAGUUUGGGCACCACAUCCACAACCAUCAAGAUGAGAACGAGGACGUCUCCACAGAGAAUGGGCAUCAUUUCUGGAGCCACAGAGACCACAGAGAGGAGGACGAAGAUGUCUCCAGGGAAUACGGCCACCAACUCCAUAGCCACAGGUACCAAGGCCACGAGGUGGGAGAUGAGAAUGUCUCUGGUGAGGAGGUCUUGACAGAGCAUGUUCAGCAGGCCCGUGGGCACAGAGGCCAUAGGAACGAAGGCAUGGAAGCCUCAGCUGAGCCUGGACACCACCUCCCCAGUCACAGGAGCCAGGGCCAUCUGGAAGAGGAUGAGGAUGAAAUUGUCCCCAGUGAGCAUCACCAUCAUAUCCUCAGGCACUUACACCAAGGCCACGGAGGAGAAGAAGAUGACGAAGGAGAGGAGGAGGAGGAGGAUGUCUCCACUGAAUAUGGGCACCAGGCCCAUGGGCAGCGAGGUCCGGGGAAUGAAGAGGAUGAGGAUGUCUCGGAUGGACAUCCCCAUCAUGUCUCCAGCCACAGGCACCAAGGUCAUGAAGAAGAAGAAGAAGAAGAUGAUGAUGAUGAUGAUGAUGAUGAUGAUGUCUCCACUGAAUAUGGACACCAGUCCCACAGGCACCAAGGCCAUGAGAAGGAAGAGGAUGAGGAUAUCUCAGAUGACCACCGACAUCACGUCCCUGGGCAUGCGCACCGAGACCAUGAAGAAGAAGAAGAUGACGAUGAUGAUGAUGAUGAUGAUGUCUCCACUGAGUAUGGACAUCAGGCCCACAGGCACCCAGUCCACAAGAAGGAAGAAGAUGAGGAUGCCUCAGAUGAACACCACCAUCAUGUCCCUGACCGUGGGCACCCAAGCCACAGAGACAAGGAAGACGAAGAUGAAUAUGUGUCCACCGAACAUUGGCACCAAGUUCCCAGACAUGCCCGACAUGGACUUGGACACGAGAAGGAAGAGGAAGAGGAGGAGAUCACAGUCCAGUUCAGCCGCCAUGUUGCAAGCCACCAACCCCAAGGCCACAAGAGUGAUGAUGAGGAGGAAGACAUCCCAGAUGAGUAUAAAACAGAAGUCCCUGGCCAUCACCACCACAGAGUCCCCAGGGGGGAAGAUGAUGACAUCUCUGGUGAGCUUGGCCACCAGGCCCCCAGCCACAGGCAACUAGACCACAGAGAUGAAGGGUCUGGCCAUGGUCACAGAGGGUCCAUCAAAGAGAUUAGCCAUCAGCCCCCAGAACACACAGAGGGCAAGGAUAGAAGCCAUUCAAGGGAGGGCGAGUCUGAGGAGAAGGAAGAGGAUCACAGCUCCCAAGAAGAAGAUGAUGAAGGUUCAGAGCAGGGAAAGGAAGGUGGCUGCCAUGGCUGCAUGGAGCAGAAAGAUGAGGAAGAUGAGGAGGAAGGUCAUGGCCUCAGCCUGAGCCAGGAGGAGGAAGAAGAGGAAGACAAGGAAGAGGAGGAAGAGGAAGAGAGGAGGGAAGAGAGGGCUGAGGUUGGGGCCCCACCAAGCCGAGACCACAGGGACGAGGAAGAGCAGGAGGAGGAGGGGCUGGAAGAAGAUGAGCUCCCCUUCACCAUCAUCCCCAACCCACUGGCUGGAAGGGAGGUGGCUGGAGGCACCUCCAGUGAGGAGGAGAGUGGUGAGGACACAGGUCCGCAGGAUGCCCAAGAAUAUGGGAACUACCAGCCAGGGUCCCUGUGUGGCUACUGCUCCUUCUGCAAUCGGUGCACUGAAUGUGAGAACUGUCGCUGUGAUGAGGAGAACAUGGGGGAGCACUGCGACCAGUGCCAGCACUGUCAGUUCUGCUACCUCUGCCCGCUGGUCUGCGAAACUGUCUGCACUCCAGGAAGUUACGUCGACUAUUUCUCCUCCUCCCUGUACCAAGCCCUGGCAGAUAUGCUGGAAACGCCGGAACCUUGA